GGGCGGGGAGGCAGCCGGGCGAAGGCUUGGGCGGCAAAGCCCCUCGUCCGCCCCGCUCGCCGGGCCUGCGCGGCGCUCGCUCUUCCUCCACGCGCCGAGGAAGCGGCUGCGUCCACACGUGACGGCGGGCCGGGGAGGACGGCGGCGAGGAGAAGAAGCAGGGAAGGAAGGAGCUGCCGCUUUUAAGCCCCCACCCCAACCCCCCCCAAGCUACCCAGUGGUCCCUGCAAGCAGAAAGCCAGCACCUCAGGGAGAAGGCGGGCGCUGCCGGGCACGGCGCGAGGGGGAGGCAUAGCUGCCAAGUUUUCCGUUUUCUCGCGAUGAAGCCUAUUCAGCAUAAGGGAAAAUCCCUUAAAAUAAGGGAUAACUUGGCAGCUAUGGGGGGAGGUGAGUCCGACGGGCCUCGUUGGCCUUUUCCACUCGGGGCCGCCUCGCCCGGGGUGCUGAGCUUCUCGAAAAGCGGUUUGACUCCGGAGCGUCUCCUUGGGACCCUCGGGAGGCAGCUCAUCUGGCUCUUUGCUUCUGCGCGCCUGCUCCCUUUCUUCCCUACCUGUUUACAUGGGGAUCCUUUUCUCCUCGCUAGUGAACAUGCAAGAGCCUGAUCGCAGUUGAUUCUAGAAAUCUAUAGCUGAUUCAAGUUGGGCACUCGGUGACUAUUGCUUUAGUCAGCAGCAUGUUUGCAAUAUGGAUUAUAAAAGAGUAACAGUUGGUCAGAUUAAACGUCUUGGUUCAGCUGCGAAAAAGAUCAAAAUGAGCUUAAAGUAUUCAGUGUUAAAAUUACUUUAACUUUGUUUAAAAUAGGAUUAAAAUAGAAACAUGGGUUUAGUUUACUUUCCUGAGGAUAGAUUCAAAUAAACUCUCCAGUGCACUUACUACUGAUGCCAAUAAAUAGUUUGCUUUGAGGAAAGAGAGUUACAAAUAGGGAGAAUUCCCUGCCUUUCCUAGAAAACGUGAGCGCCUGUAAAUACAGUGAGACAGUUACAGAUAGAGAAAACCUUCUCAAAACAUUAUGGUCUUUAUUAAGAGUGAUUCCGGCUUUGGCAUUAGCAGAAAUAAGGACUCUUGUGGUAUACUGCACACAAAAAGCAACAAGAGAGGGGCAACUACAGCUACAGCUCAGAAAUUGGGAAAUAUGAAUUAUGAAUUGAAAUACAGUACAGUACAUGUAUUUUGUAGAAAUUCUCAUAGGGCAUUUCUUUGCUUGUUUUCUUAAGGAACAGCAGGACAACAAGAGUGUAUUUAUGUGUUUAUUAUGGAAGAAGUAAAUCCAAGAAUUAAAGAUUUUGGGGAUAUUGGUAGAGUGCAAAAUUAAUAUAAAUGUCUUGUUUAUUUCUUCAUAAUAUUUAUAUUACACCCUUCCUUGUGCCAUUCAGGGUGUCUAAAACAAAUAAUAAAAUUUAAUAAAAGCCAACAACAAGCUGGGGACAGUGACUAUUUCUUUUGUCAGCAGCAGGUAUGGGAGGCUUAUAUAUCAGCAUUAGAGUUUUUUCUGAGUCUAUAAUUGUUUUGAAAUAUUUCAGGGUAACAGUAUACUUUCAGUUCUUUGAAGCUCAGAACGACACAAAGUGUCAAAAUUUUAAAUGAGAUGAAUGCUACUUGGGUGUGAGAAACUAUUUUUGAAUGCUCAGUGAGGUCAAAAUGUAACUGAAGAUGGGAUGUUGAAAAUAUUGCUCUGGCAAUCCAUUUGUAUUUAGAAUCUCUAACUUUCCAAUAACUUCCUUGAUUUUCAGAUAAAUCUAAUUUAAGCAACCUUUGUUUAAUGAUCUCUGUGUCACUUUAAUUCCCAUUUUACACUUGUGAACUAAGGGUGCAGAGUAAUUACUUGGCUACAGUCAAGUAAUGAAUUGUUGUUUUAUUUUUAUUUUUUUAAUUACCAGCACAAUAAUUUUACUUUCAUAUCACAUUCUCAAUAAUUUUCCUAAUUUGUUUAUGUUGUUUUAAUUAUACAUCACUUUAGUAUUUCAGUUCAUAGAAAAAUGACCCAUAAAUAAUAAUCCAUGGCUCAGUGCUGCAUUUACUGAGUAAAGCCAGUUCUAAGGAGAAGUUGGUUAUAGGAGCCAGUGUCGUGAUCUGUUGCAGGCAAAGCCUGGCAAGAGAUGAGGUGGGGAGAGGGAGUUUGAAUCCUGGGACGAUGGAGGCCCUUUGGGUGGGUGAUUCUCAUGUUUGGGAAAUUGGCAAGUUGCCUGUUCUGGGUGGGCGCUGCACUCCUGAAGGAGCAAUCUCUUCAGAGCAAUCUGUGCAGUUUGGGUGUACUCUGGGACACAUCCCUGUCACCAGAGGCCCAAGUGUCCUCUGUAGCUACGAGUGCCUUUUAGCAGUUUCAUCUGGUUCUCCAACCAAGGCCAUUCCUGGGCAGGGAUAACCUGACGAUUAUUCCAUGCAUGAGUAACUUUGGGAAUGGAUUACUACAAUGCACUCUAUGUGGGGCUACCCUUGGGUCUGGUUAGGAAGCAACAUCUUGUGCAGAAUGCUGUGGCAAGAAUACUGGUGGGAGCUUCUGGUUGAGAACAUAAGGCACCAUUGUUAAAACAGCUACGCUGGCUGCCUAUCUCCUGCUGAGCCAGGUUCACUGUUAUUUUAUUGAUUUUCAAAGCCCUAAGCAACUUCGAUCCAGGAUACAUCAAGGUUCACUUGAACCCUUCUAUUCUAGCUCAAACACCAAUAUUAUCUGCAGGAGUAUAUUGGUGCGUUCCUUGAGUUUGUGAGGCUGAUAUGACAACAGUGAAAAACAAAGCCUUUAGUGUAAUAGGUCCACUCCUGUGGAACACCCCGCCAAUAGAGAUUCAGCGGGAGCCUUUCUGUAUUGCAGGUGGUUGGACUAGAGGACCCUUGGGGUCCCUUCCAACUCUACAAUUCUAUGAUUCUGUACCAAUUUCUAAGCGCCUGCUAAAACCCUUCCUAUUCCACCAGGGCUAUGCAGGCAAUUAAGAGUACACCCCCUGCAGUGGUCUGUUGAUGUUUGUUUUAAUUUCUUUUUUGCUUUUAACAGGUUUUUAUAAUAUUAUUGUUUGGUUUUGCUAUAUUGUUGCAAACUGUUGUGAUAUAUCUUUAUGAGAUAGCAGUAUAUAUAUAUUUUAAAUAAAUAAAUAUAUUGUAUGCCAUUUCCCCACCACAUAGAUGUGCUCAAAGCACCUGUUUUUUCUUCUUCCCUGGUUGGCAAUUGUCUAUCUUGGGAAGCAAUGGAAGGCUGCACCUUCAGUGGUGAAGUCAAACUGUUGGUGACCUGUCUGAUAUGGGAGAGACAUGUUUUGUUGCAGCUGGGACAGAUGAAGGUGUCCAGUUGUGUUGAUGCAGGUGUGCCAUGGUGUUUCUUCUCUCUGCGCACCUGACAGUGGCCAUUCUUCCUCUGGUCUGUGGUGCUUGUGGUCAUCUGCAAGUGUUUCCCACAUGGCAGGGUUAAUGCUGCCAGCCUUUAUGCCAUGUUUUUUGACAUCUUUGUAACACAGAGUUAGUCUGCCAUUGGGCCUGGAGCUUGAAGCCAGCUCUCUGUAGAGCACAUCCUUGGGGAGCCUGCCAUUUUCCAUUCUGUGGACCAAACCAGCAUAGAUGUUGCUGAGACAGAAAGCAGCUAGCAUCACGGAAAACACAUAGUAAACAGUUUGAACCCUCAUCACCAAAAGUUACUUUACAUUACAAAACCUAAUGGAUAUUCACAGCUUGUGUUCAUAAGCAGGGUUAGCGUUGUGGGUCCAAUUUAAUUUAAUCCUCUGCAUCUUUGUUAAGAAAUGCAGCCAGUUACAUUCAUUAGUGCUUUCUCACAGAAAAAUAGGCAUAGGAGUGUAGCCUCAUUUUCUCAAGUGCUUUUUUCGGGAUGUUGGGGCCCUUCUAUUGAUGAUCUACAUGCUUGCUUUGAUGUUCCCAACAGAAAGUGAAGCCAAAGAAUCAUUCAAAAGGAACCAAAUGUUCCCUAUCAAAGCAAAAAAGAAGUAUGACACUGUCAAUGUACUGUACUGUAAAGAGCAGAUCAACAGAGAAACUGCCAUUCCCAUCUAACAAAGUAGUCAGAACUUUUAGAAAUUAAAUAGAAAAAGUAAGGACAUGCUCUAUGGGGAAUCUGGCUUCAGGCAGCAGACCCAUUGGCAGACCAACUCUGUGUUAAAAAGAUAUCUGCAAAUGCAACAUUGUGCGCCUUCAGAUGUAAAGUUGAACUUCAGAUGUAAAGAUGAAGGCACCUGGUUGUGCUGCUGCAGAUGCACCACGGCAUUUAUUCUUUCUGUGCUCCUGCCAGCGGUCAUUCCUCCUCUGUCCUCUGAUGUGGAAACACAACCUGACUGAUUGUCUCCAGGUGCUUGUGGUCAUCUGCAGGGGCAUCCCAUAUGGCAGGGUUAAUGUUGCCAGCCUUCAUGUUAUGUUUGCAGACAUCUUUGUAACACAGAGCUGGUCUGCCACCGGGCCUGGUGCCUGAAGCCAGCUCCCCAUAGAGCAUGAUCUUGGGGAUCCUGCCACCUUCCUUUCUGGGACAUGAUCAAGUCAGCGUAGACAUUGCUGACACAGGAGUGUAAACAUGCUGGGAAUGUGGGCUUGGGAGAGCAUAUCUUUCUUUGACACUCUGUCCUACCAUGUGAUCCCCAAAAUCUUCCUGACACAGCACAUGUGGAAGGCAUUGAGGUGUCAUUACUAGUGGGUGUAGGUUGCCCAAGUCUUACUACUCAUAAAGCAGUGUGUUCGACAUGCAAGCCUGGUAGAUCUUUAUUUUUGCAUUGGUCAUUAAUGUCACCCUCUCCCAGACCCUUUUGGAGAAGCAAGCCAUUGCUGUAGCUGCCUUGCCAGUAUGCUUGUCCAGCUCAGUGUUGAUGGAGAGGUUACUGGUUAUGGUGGAGCUCAGGUAGACAAAAUCAUCUACCACCUCGAAGCAUGUGGUCACUAGUGCUGAUGCAUGGCAUGCUGGCGACAUCCUGACGCAGGACGUUGGUAACGCUGAACUCCAUGCAGGCUUGUGCAGAAUAGUUUCUUAGACACCGUAGACGUAGAGCUUCCUUGGAGUGCACUGUCAAGGCCAUGUCAUCUGUAAACAACAUCUCUUGGAUAAGACACUUUUGUCUUGGUGUGGAGAUAUGCCAGUUUGGACAGACCCCUGUCGCUCCUUGAAUGGAUGUACACACUGUCUUCAGUUGAGUCGAAGGCAUGUGAGAGCACCAGGGAGAAGAAUAUGUUAAAGAGAGUUUGGGCAAGAUCACAGCCCUGCUUCACACCAUCCUUUAUCGGGAAGGCAUCUGAGCGUGAGUCAUCUUACUGGGCAGUGCCGCGCAUCUCAUGGAAGGACACAAUAAUCUUGUGGAAUUUAGGUGGGCAUCCUUUCCUAUUGAGCAGGUGAAGAGUCCUUUUUGGCUGAUGAGGUCGGAGCCAGGCGACGUCAACCCUAUGGAGCCAGGCAACAUUAACCCUACGACGACAACUACAGCAUCGGAGUCAGUCAGGUUGGGUACUCACAGCAGUGACCAGAGGAGGAAUGACUGCUGGGAGGAGCACACCUGCAUAGUGCAACAAGAGGAUCAGUCCCCCUAUUCAAACACUUGUUAUACAAAAAAAUCACUUAUCCAAACAUGAGGAAUUAGUACCCAAUCCUCACUGUACACACUGCACAUUCAGAUAUCCAAACAGCUGGACCUGCGUGCAGUACUGUAAACAAAUAAGCAGCCUUAAAGAAGCCUUGCUCUUUUGUAUUACUGGUCAGCAACAGCCAUUUGGCCAGAAACCAUGGUGGGGGAGUGGGAAGCAGACAAAUAAGAAAGCAUUCUUUCCUCCCUUGUUUCCUUUUGCAAGGUUUCAGAGGAUUUUCCUUGUUUUUUCAUCAGUUUGGGAUAAAAGUUAUGUGGUCGGGAACACAUUAGAAAUCUUCCCAUAGGAAUAAAUGGAAAUCAUCAGACUCCUUGUGUGAACACAAACCUAACAAACAAUUUCCUGAAAACGCAUUUUGUUUGGAUAGGAAGACCUGCUUGUACUGUACUUCAUUCUACAGAAAUGGUUGUCAGGGAUAGGAACUAUUACUUGAACUGAUUACUUGAAAAUUAGUUUGGAUAUAUUAUCUAAAUUUCAUCUUCUGGAUUGGGGGGUAUUUUAUGUGUAUAUUAUGUUCUUAAUGCUGCAAACUAAUAAAAUACAUAUAUUUUAAGUGUUAUACUUUUAAAUGUAAUCUAGGAAUGCCAUAUUUUGCAGUGUAGUUCAUGGGGUUGAAAAUGAAUUUGCACAAAUCUAGGAUUUAUUUUCCAUUACUAACAGUUCACUCCUAACCAUGUCAGUUCAGAACUAAGUCAUACUAAAUUCGUUGGAGCAUAUUCUCAGUUAAGUGGGUUAGGACUUUAGCCUAAGAUAGGCAUGGGAGACUUUGUUGUAGUCCUGUUUUGAUGCACAGUGUCAAUCUCUCCCCUCCCAUUUCAUUUGAUAAAAAUUGAGCAAACAAUUGAGCCUUAGCUGUCACAAAUUCAUGGUGGUAAAUGACUACUAGUGAGUAUUUUUUGUGUGUGUAAUAUUUCGUACCUGUCCUUCACCAUAAGGUCCCAGGGCAGGUUACAAUAGAAUAUACAAUUAUAAAAAAUUAUAAAAACAGAUAAAGCCAUUAUGAUUAUGAAACAAGUAACACUGUUCAAAAUGGAACAGAAGAAUAAUUGAAUGCACAAUUGAUUUUCAAAUGACCUCUUACUAGUACAAAAGGCAGUGUUGCUGUAAGGCAUUAUUAUGUUUGGCAAAUGCUGAUGGCAACAUCAUUUUGCAGGGCAGGUGGAUCUAAAUUACUGAAUCCUGCAUUUUUAAUCAAAGUUGAUACUUGGCAAAUAAAUGAUCAAACAAAGAUAAUUUAUUUAUAGUAAGGUUUUUCAGUUGCACUACUUUCAAGAGCAACAGAAAACUGGUUAUUGAAUAAUUAAAAUGUACUGUGGUCAUAUCUGACUAGAUAUACUAUUUCUAUCUGUUGCAACUGUAUUUUCAGUCAUUAGAUUACAGACAUGGAGCUUGGUUUUGUUCACCAUCUAAAGCAGGGCUGGUGAAACCUUGGGCCCAUUGGCCUCUGCUCAGCCCUUCAACAGCCCUCUUUUUGCCACUGUUCAGCUGUGCCCACAGCCCUGUUCUGUGAUUUGAUGGCGGUUUGGUUGGCUGUGAUGCCUGUUUUUGUGGAUCUGUGAUUAUGCCUUUGGAGCCUAUAGACACCACUGUAAGAUCACUUGGUGAAAUAUAUGAAUCAAACACAAACUGCAUGCAAAAUGGCAGUUUAUGUAAAAGCCUAUGCUGUUGCCUGGGUUCUGGUCUUACUUCUUUUCUUACAGCAGAAGGCAAUGCAAGUUACUUUAGCUAUAUUGAUUUUGCACAGAAUCACCCUGAAUUUCUUAUUUAUUUAUAGGUGGAUAAUUUGUAUGUUUCCUUCCUUUUUUCUUUUCUAAUUGCAGCACUAGGCUUCAUACUGUAUGCCUUCUAUUGUGAUUUUCUGAGUCUUUAGAUACAGUAAUUAUGUUGAAGAAGGCAGGGUAUAGAAAGCAUUAGUUUGGAAAGAUUUCUCACCAUUACUUGACAAUCCUAUAAUUGUGGCAUUCUGACAGCCAAUGUAUGCCAAUAUAACUUAAUCAGGAUUCUGUGCACUAUCAGCACACAAAAAGAGAGCAGAGCAACCCUGCUCCCCACACCUGCCUGGAAACACUGUCAACUCCCACCAAUCACAGAUUGGCAUGCCAGGGAUAUCCCCAUGUCAGCCAGGUGUGAAAGGAGCCAAUCAAAUGCCUGCUGAUGCGGAAACAGCACCAUGAUAUCACUACUCUGCACCACAAUCUGCUGCACAGAGUGUGCCUUGCAUAGUAGCAACCGCUUGUUGUUUUUAUUUUGAUUAUAUAUUUUGUGUUUUGUGUUCUGGUUUUGCUCUGUGAGCUGCUCUGAGAGUGUAUAUAAAUUGAAUUAACACCCCCCCCAAUGGAUUAUUAUUGGAGGCAACAGGGAUCCUGGCAUACAUGGAGUUAGAAAUUUAGGGUCAUCACCUCUUCCGUUGCAGUACAUGAGUUGGCAGUGAGGUCUACGAGAGGAUGGGAUUUGUUGUAAAUCUGCUCUUCCCUUUGACAUACCCACACUGCCACUUUGUGGUAGGGAUAUACAGGUGAAACUCGAAAAAUUAGAAUACAGUAUCGUCGAAAACUGCAUUUAUUUCAGUAAUGCAACUUUUUAUUUUUUAUUUUUCUUUUAAUUUUUACAAAUGCUUUCUUUUGGAAAUUCCACAGUAAUAAAACAAAUAGUUACAAUAAUAGAAAAAUAAACAAAAAUAAACAUCACUAUCACAUUUCAUUAAUUGCAUUCCAUUUAUAAUUGACCUGCCUAAUGACAAAUAAUUACAAUUGCAACAAAUAAAGGCUUGACAUGUCAUGCAUCUCUCAUAUAUUGGUUUCACCUUUUAAGUUGCGUUACUGAAAUAAAUGCACUUUUCGACGAUAUUCUAAUUUUCUGAGUUUCACCUGUAAUUGAUCAUCAUGACAUAACAUCAGAGCUGGGACUGGCAGAUGUAUCUCGUAGUAUGGCAGUGUAGUGGGACUUCAGUAAACCCUAAAGCUACCCAGCUGCUGUAUCUAGGGCAUAUGAAUGUGCUCUUAAAUAUGUAAAAUUCUGGAAUAGUCGCUUUCAGGGAAUUAUGCAUUUGUAUGGGUCAUCAUUGGUUUCUAGGCAAAGUUGGAUGCACUUACAAAAUAUGUAUGCUUUAAAAUUAUGGCCUAUUUGUGGAAAAAGCAGGCUAGCCUUGACAUCUAAAGUUUUACUUGUGCCAUCAUUUGGUCUUGUGUUUGUAAAAAACCUGAAUACUUUCUCUUCAAACAGCUUGAAUGUUUUUGCUUUGUAUUCAUAAUACAAGAACCAGCUGAUACAGUCCUUAGGCAUAUACCUGGCAGGUUAUUUUAAUUGUUUGCUAAGUGUUUUUGGAAUGAUAGUCUACAUGCUUUUGUCAUGCAAACAAACUGUACCACCAUUCUGUCUCCUGCACUAUGGUUUGUGCUCCUGACUAAGUGUUGUGGUCAGAAAGAGGUGGCUCCAGAUUUGACAAUAAAUAAUUUUGUGUCACAUUUGGAAGAUUCAUCUGAUGAACAGGAGCCCUUUAGACUUCUUUAGUUUUUAAGGUGCCACAGGAUUCUAUUUUUGUUCUUAGAACAAACUCUGGAGUUUCUGGUUUUGAGACGUUUGUGGUUGUAGCCCAAUAUCUGUACCAGUGUGAGAUACUGAGUUGCAUCCAAUAUAGGUGAGAUUUAGCAAUUCUGCUUGUCAGGCCCAUUUCUCUGCUCUGACAAACAAGGAACCAUGCAACCACAUUCGCACUAUACAUUUAAAGUGCUAUGCAGGGCCGGCUCUUCAUAGACCCCCGGUGGCGCAGUGCACCAUGGCGCGGGGGGCUGGCAAGCUGGGCGCCGGCCCGGCAAGGAGGGCGCCGCGCGGAAACCAAUUGCACCCUGCGAGGGUGGGGCGGGCGGUGGAGCGAUCUUCAGCACCAGGGCGCGCGAUCUGCUCAAGACGGCCCUGGUGCUAUGAUACAACUUAACAUGGCUUCCACCACAGAUUUUGGGAACUUUGGGAACAAGUUUGUUGCUAAGUUGUUAAAGGUAAAGGUAAAGGACCCCUGACAGUUAAGUCCAGUCGCGAACAGCUCUGAGGUUGUGGUGUUCAUCUCGCUUUACUGGCUGAAGGCGCCGACGUUUGUCCCCAGACAGUUUUUCCGGGUCAUGUGGCCAGCAUGACUAAGCUGCUUCUGAUGAAACCAGGAACCGCCGACUUUCUGAUCGGCAAGCCCUAGGCUCAGUGGUUUAACCCACAGCGCCACCCGCGUCCCAUGGGUGGAGGCCCCUAUUUCCCUCACAGAGUUGCACUUUCCAGAGUUCCCUGUGAAGAAGGAUUGAUCAUUAAGCCACUCUGGGAAUUAUAGCUCUGGGAGGGGAAUGUUGUUGUUGUUUAGUCGUGUCCGACUCUUCGGGACCCCAUGGACCAGAGCACACCAGGCAGGCACGCCUGUCUUCCACUGCCUCCCGCAUUUUGGUCAGACUCACGUUCGUAGCUUUGAGAACACUGUCCAACCAUCUCGUCCUGUCGUCCCCUUCUCCUUGUGCCCUCAAUCUUUCCCAACAUGGGUCUUUUCCAGGAGUCUUCUCUUCUCAUGAGGUGGAGAGUCAGCUUCAGGAUCUGUCCUUCCAGUAAGCACUCAGGGCUGAUUUCCUUCAGAAUGGAUAGGUUUGAUCGUCUUGGGACUCUCAAGAGUCUCCUCCAGCACCAUAAUUCAAAAGCAUCAAUUCUUCGGCGAUCAGCCUUCUUUAUGGUCCAGCUCUCACUUCCAUACAUCACUACUGGGAAAACCAUAGCUUUAACUAUAUGGACCUUUGUCGGCAAGGUGGGGAAUAGGGGCUUCCUAACAACUCUCAUCACCCUUAACAAAACACAACUCCCAGAAUUCUUUGGGGAGAAGUGUGUCAUGGUGUGAAUGUGGCUUGAAUUCUUUUAAAUGUUUGAGAUAUCCAAGUCUCUUACUUCGUCACCUUCUUCCUUUCCUAUUUUUUAUCAUUUAAGGAAAUACAAUAUCUGUUUAUUCAUAACCUGUUAAAACAUAAUAUAGUACAUUGCUUAUUAUCUGUUGCCUGCAGAAGGUCAUCUGCAGGCUGGAGAUUCUAGAGGGAUGUAAGCUACUUCCUGUUUGGUGACUGUAGCUUCUGCCUUUCCUUCCUUUCUCAAAGGAAAAAAAUUAAGCAUGAAAUGAAGUUUGAAAGUUCAGACCUAGUAAGAUGUAAACAUACUUACAGUGGGUGGGGGGAAUGGGGUGGAGAACCUUUGAAAACUCAAAAUUCCUUGCUUUUUUACUGCAACAAUACAGCAAGAAGUGAUUGCUACAUUUACAUAAGAGACAAAUGCAAAACGAAUGCCCUGCUUAACGAAAUUUCCGCUUAACGAAAGGAUUUUUCGAGCGGAGCUUGCCUCGCUAGACAAAUGCGUUUUACGAAAAAUUCAUCUAGCGAAUCGCGGUUUCCCAUAGGAAUGCAUUGAAAUUCAAUUAAUGGGCAAAAUAUGGGCAAAAUAAAAAAUAAAAAAAAAUUCAAUGCAUUCCUAUGGGAUUCGCUAGACGAAUUUUUCGCUAUAAGAAAAGACCUGUGGAACGAAUUAAUUUCGUCUAGCGAGGCACCACUGUAUCAUUCAAAGUAUACCAUACCUUAGCUAACAUUUAUUCAGUUCUAUAAUGAACACAGAGGAGAGAUGGAGUGACCCAUUGCCCUGCUGGCAGCCUGCUUACUCUGCAGAGUUCUGUGUUGCCUAUGGAUGGCAGGUGAGUAUUUAAAUCAGGUGGAGAAACUUUUCAGGUGCAGACCAGAUUCUUAUUUCCCCAUCCCUGCCAUGCCAAAUUUUACAGGUGGGCAGGAUUGCUCACUUGUUAGAUGCUGCAAUUUGUAAAUUUUGGUUUGUCCAAACAAGUUAGAUCAGAAGCCAUGUUUCAAUAGUGUUUCGCAUAGUGUUUAGCUGAGUGAGCAUGGCAUGGAAGAUGACAAAUGCAUAUUUAGGACAUUUGCAUUUAUAUUCCCUCCCCUCAGUAUUACAUUAAGACAAGUUUUGUCAAUAUGGGAGGACAGAAAUAAAAAAAAAGACGUUUUAAGAAGGAUCUUGACAUGCUGGAAUGUGUGCAGAGAAGGGUGACCAAGAUGGUAAAGGGUCUGGAAACCAAGCCUUAUGAGGAAUAGUGGAAGGAGCUGGGUAUCUUUAGCCUGAAAAAGAGGAGACUUGAGAGGAGAUAAAAGAGCCAUCUUCCAACAUCUCAAGGGCUGUCACAUGGAAGAUGGAGCAAGCUUGUUUUCUCCUUCUCUGGAGGGUAGGACCCAAACCAAUGGCUUCAAGUUAUAAGAAAGCAGAUUCUGUCUAAACAUUAGGAAGAACUUUCUAACAAUAAAAGCUGUUUGACCGUGGAAAAAAUUUAUUAGAUAUAUAAACCACAGAGAAAUCUCCUUCUUUGGCGAUCACUCAUAACCGAGUAAGAUUGUCUUCCAUAAACACGGUUUUAACAAUGGGUCCGUAAGUGACUGUGGAGGCCAGUUCUGGAUCCACCCGUCCUUCCACAGUGGGGACAUUGGUUUCCAGGAGGGAGUUGAUCACGGUGUGGAUUUGCCAAGCGUGCCUUCCUCACUUCCACAGAGAAGUGGCAAUCCACCAACAUGGUAUUUGAGUCCAGUGAGGCAUUAUUUCUGCUGCAUUACCUGAAUCCUGUGAAAAGAAAUAAAAAUUAGACGGAGCAAUGGCUGUUGUUUUAUAAUUUUAUUGGUCAAAAUUUUGGGGGCAUGGCCCAAAUAGAAAGCAUAUUUAAUGCAAAGGGUGAAGCCUUUAAAAAUGAGUGAAGAUGAUCAGUUUAUGUUUUAAUCCAUUUUAAGUGGUUAGGCUGUGUUCAUUUACUUGGGAGUAAGCCUCUUUGAAGUGAGCGGCACUUCCUUUUCAGUACCUAUGUUUAGAACUGUGCUGUUAAAAUAUCUUUCAAACUCUCAUUUGUGAAUUUUCUUUCAAUAAACUAUUCAGUAAUGAUUUAGUAAUCUCAGUGAAAAAAUAAAGCAAGAAGAUGAAACAAAUAUUAUUUGUAACAUAGCCUUUGAAAAAUAGCUGUCUUCAACUCAGGGUUUUUGCUCCUGAACAUUAUCUUUAUGUAUUGGGACUGGGGAAUCCUGAACUUUUCGCAGGUACAGAUCCUAUGUCAUCUUAGCUUGAGAUAGGGGGGGGGGAUACUUUAAAACACAUGCACUUAACAAAAUGGUGAACAAUCAGACAUCCAUGUCUGAUUGAAUUAUUAUUAGUUACAGGUAGGUAGCCGUGUUGGUCUGAGUCGAAGCAAAAUACAAAAAUUCCUUCAGUAGCACCUUAAAGACCAACUAAGUUUUUAUUUUGGUAUGAGCUUUCGUGUGCAUGCACACUUCUUCAGAUACACUUGAAACAGAAGCAACCAGACCCUUAUAUAUAUAUAUAUUCAGAGGGUGGGGUGUGUGUGAUGGGAAUGGGUGAUGGGCUGUAAGAGUGGUAAACCUGUUAAUGGCUGUUAACGACUCCUGAUUACUGCAAUAGGUCCUGCGGGGAAAAAACAACAGCUGAGGCUAAAGAAAGCUAGAUCAUGCAUAAUGAGAUAAGAAUCCGAUAUCUCUGUUCAUCCCAGGUGGCUCCGUGGUUUUAAGCUUGGUAAUGAUUUCCAAUUCAGCAAUUUCUCUUUCCAGUCUGUUUCUGAAAUUUUUCUGUAAUAAAACAGCUGAUAUCAGGGUAUUUAUCCAGAACAGCCUUCUGCAUCACAAUACUGUAUACACAGUGAUGCCAGAGCACACCCACUCAAGCAGCCACCAUGGCUCUCUCUAUAGGGUGGGAGGAUGGGAAGCAGGAGUUUGGAGCUCGGCUUCUUCUGCCUGAGUGGGACGUAAUUUGCACUCACAUUUUUCAUGAUUGGCACAGGACUAGGUGGACAUUGUGUUAUGAGCCACCAGGGGAGAGUCUUAGGUAGCUCAAGUAUCCCUUUUUGCACACUUUGGCCUACUUUUAGGGCCAGGAGCUCAGCUCAGUAAAGACAUCAGGUUUUAAUAAUAAGGAAAUGGAUUUUGGUGGAUUUUCAGAGUGCACAUUCUGCAUCAACUUGUUAGGAAGAGCUUUAUCAGGUCAAAAUGUGUGAGGUUGUUUUGGCAGGGGAUGGGGCAGAAAGGAAGCACUAUUUGAUCCUUUGCUUCAAGCCAUAAAAUGGUUUUUGCUGGCCCUGUAUAGUAGGAACAUCAGGGACCAGAUAAAAUUGUUUUGGGGAUCAGAUAAAGCUGAUGAGUUGACUGCUUCUGUUUCUGACAUAUAAAAAUGUUAUUAAAAUUGGUUUCCUAUUAUUUGCUGUUUUUUAGUUUGCGGGCGGCAGCUCAGGAUAACAAUAUAAUCUCUGAAUCUUAAAUGUGGGGAAAAUCCCUUUGUGUGUGCAGCUGGAGGAGCACAUGAAUUGCAGAGCAAAGGGUGGGGGAGAAGGAUAUCUACGGUAGAUGCUGCCUUUUUUGACUGCUCGUUGUGUUUCCCCUUUUUAUCUUAAGUGCUGCAGCCUGUUUAAGUCAAAAGGGAGGCAGAGAAAGAGGCAAAUGGAAACUGCCAUGCUGCUGUUAUGCCAGACUUAGAACAGAUCUAUUUUUGUUUCGCUACCGGUAGCUGUGCUGAGAAGAAGCAUGGAUCUAAUCUAGAACCAUUGAUUCAGGUACACUGUGAGUUGGUGGCAGAUAGGUGUUUCCUCAUUUUACUAGCCUUAAGGAUGAGCAAAGUACAGUAAUGUUAUCUUUGGAGAGCAAGGAUGGAAUGGUGGGAAGAAGGAGAAGGGAUGAUGGGUGAGGGCCUCCCUCAAACUCAUUCACAGUUUUGUGUGAGAACAUUCAAGGUAUUUCUCUAGGGUUUUGUGUCCUUUCAGCACUGUAUUUGUAUUUUUUAAUCCGUCCUUAAUAUAAAAUCGUGAUGAUUGACACAUGGUUAAUCACAAAAAUACACUGCUCUAAGUAUGCAUUCCUUUGCACACACAGAGCUGUGAACUGUGGCAAGUUUUUGAGCACUGUACACCACUGAAACUAUUAUAGGGGUUGGGGAGGAAGCGGACCUGCUGGUCUUUCUGCUGACGAGCCAGACCCCUAGGACCGUAUUUGAUCCUGAGGGCUUCCUUGUCAUAGUUCUAUUAAAAAAUUGAAUUGGCCCAGCAAAAUUCAGGACCAUAGAAGUUGGGAGGGAAUAAAGCCAGAUAACAUGGGGUUUGAGUUAAGUUAUAAAUGUAGCAUUUCACUUCUUUGUAAUAUGCUGCUGUUUAAUAGUACUAUGUAAUAUGUAAAGUUGGUUGUGCUGUUUUAAAUCAUGCUCUGAGUGAUUUAUGUUUUUGUAUAAUUGAUGUAUAUGGGUUAAACAAGAUUUGAAUUUGGCUAUUCUUUUUGUUUCUAGUAGUACAGUGAAUCCCAGUAAAGCGGCUGGCCCAGGUGGGGUGCUGGAGAUAGUGGUCAAAAAUUGUGUUGAUCAACUAGCAGGGGUCCUGACAAAGAUUUUUAAUAUCUCGCUGCAAAUGGUUUGUGUUCCAUCAUGCCUAAAAGCAGCUACUAUUGUCCCAGUUCCAAAGAAAACGGCAAUUACCUGGCUGAAUGACUACAGACCUGUUGCAUUAACAUCUGUAGUGAUGAAAUGCUUCAAAAGACUGGCCCUUCAAUACCUUAGAACUUGCUUUCCACCGGACUUUGAUAAACAUCAGUUUGCCUAUAGAAGAAAUAGGUCCACUGAUGAUGUGAUAGCUAAUGCCUUUCAACUUGCAGCAAGUCAUCUAGAGAGACCGGAGAACUACGUAUGUCGGGAUGUUGUUUAUUGAUUAUAGGUAAAGGGAUCCCUGACCAUUAGGUCCAGUCGUGACCAACUCUGGGGUUGCGGCGCUCAUCUCACUUUAUUGGCCGAGGGAGCCGGUGUACAGCUUCUGGGUCAUGUGGGCCAGCAUGACUAAGCUGCUUCUGGCGAACCAGAGCAGCGCACGGAAACGCCGUUUACCUUCCCGCUUACCUAUUUAUCUACUUGCACUUUGAUGUGCUUUUGAACUGCUAGGUUGGCAGGAGCAGGCAACGAGCAAUGGGAGCUCACCCCGUCACGGGGAUCGAACACAAACAGUGAGGAUUGAACAAGUAACAUCUAGUUCCUUAAAAAUCAGCACUGGCACACUACAGGGAUGUGUGCUAAGUCCCUACCUGUAUUCAUUUUAUACAUACGAUUGUUUAACAUCUCACCCGUCUACUGCAAUUAUUAAGUUUGCAGAUAACACCGCCAUAAUGGGUCUAAUAACAGGUGGAGACAAAUCAGUGUAUAGAGGGGAGGUCCCAAAAAAUAUCUACAUGGUGCCUAGAGAACAACUUGCAUAUUAAUAUCAGCAAGACAAAGGAGAUGGUGUUGAACUUCCGGAGGAAGAGAGAACUAGCCCCGCUGUACAUCGGGGAGGGCUGUGUGGAGAGAGUAUCUUCCUUUAAAUUCCUAGGAGUUUAUCUCAGUGAAGACCUUACUUGGAAAAUCAAUACAACCCAGGUGGUUAAGAAAGCCCAACAGAGACUCCAUUUCCUUAGAGUAUUGCGAAAGAACAAUGUCAAUCAACAUUUAAUGAUCUCCUUCUACCGGUCCACAAUAGAAAGUGUCCUUUCAUACUGCAUCACGGUGUGGUAUGCUGGCUUGACAUCAACGGACAGGAAGUGCCUACAGAGGGUGGUGAAUACAGCACAAGAUAUUAUGGGCUGUCCCAUGAAUCCGCUGGAUGACAUCGCAGAAGACCAUUGCCUCAGGAGAGUGAGGAAAAUUCUUAAGGAUGAUUCACACUCUGGCCGGCACUUUUUAAAAUCUCCUGCCCUUGGGCAGAAGAUAUAGAAGCAUGAUUAGUUGCACCAACAGGGUAAAGAACAGCUUCUAUCCGUGGGCUGUUAGGCUGCUGAAUGAAAAGAUAACAACAGGGCAACUGACUUUCGGGGUUAGUGGGUGUGCGUCAGUAAACGAGGGGAAUUAAGACUAAGAGAGCUGAGUGGUGGUGCUCGUGUAAUCUCACUGCAUACAAGUUUUACAAGUGACAAUAAAGUAUUUCAAUUUCAAUAGUUAAUUGAGAUGACUAUUAGAAUUUUAUGCACAAGUGUAAAGGCAGUUUUGUUGACCCAUAAGGAAACAUUCCCUUUUUCUACCAAUGUACUGUACUCUAUUCUUUGACAGGUCUGAAUCAACUGGGUGAUUUUUACUGCAACAGCAGCACCAUCUUCUGGCUACAAAUGAUAUAUAUUUGAACCCCCCUUUUGUUUCCCUUUACAGUCCAGUGGUACCUUGUUUGUCGAACGCCUUGUGACUCGAACCUUUUGGCUCCCGAACACCGCAAACCCGGAAGUUGAAGACCUGUGUUGGCAUUUAUACUCAGAGAAGGUAAGCAACCAUUAGGACAGAAGCAAACUCUCUACACCAGUCAAGAAGCUGAAGAACUUUUUCACAAUGGACAUAGAUGAUGAAGAGAAUAUGAGUUCAGGCAGCAUUGAUGUUAAAGAGAAUCGCAACAUGGACAACAUUUCACCUAAAGAUGGGAGUGUGCAAGGCACCGGAGAGGGGAACCAGCUCUCCAACGGUGGCGGCGCUAGCAGCAGGAAACGACCCUUGGAAGAGGGAAGCAAUGGCCACGCCAAGUUCCGCACAAAGAAAAGGAAGAAAACACCAGGGCCGGUCUUGCCCAAAAAUGCUCUCAUGCAGCUGAAUGAAAUCAAGCCCGGCUUGCAAUACAAACUUCUUUCCCAAACAGGACCCGUUCAUGCCCCUAUUUUUGUGAUGGCAGUAGAGGUUAAUGGGCAGCUGUUUGAAGGCUCUGGCCCUACAAAAAAGAAAGCCAAGCUCCAUGCAGCCGAGAAGGCCCUAAGGUCAUUUGUUCAGUUUCCGAAUGCUUCUGAAGCCCAUCUCGCCAUGGGAAGGACUCUUUCCGUCAAUACGGACUUCACCUCUGAUCAGGCAGAUUUCCCAGAUACCCUCUUCAAUGGCUUUGAAAACCCUGCCCAGUCUGAUCUUUCCUUUUAUCUGGAUUCCAACGGAGAUGGUUCCUUUAGCUCCAGUGCAGACUAUAAUUUGUCAUCUUCUGUGGCCUGUAGCCUAGUACAGUCGUCUCUCCCUGCUCCAUCACCAUACCCCUCAACAAGUGGGAAGAAUCCAGUCAUGAUAUUGAAUGAACUUCGACCAGGCUUAAAGUAUGAAUUUCUCUCAGAAAGUGGAGAAAGUCAUGCUAAGAAUUUUGUAAUGGCUGUGUCAGUGGAUGGCCAAACGUUUGAAGGAUCUGGAAGAAACAAAAAACUUGCAAAAGCACGGGCCGCUCAGUCAGCUCUUGCAUCCUUGUUUAACAUGCAGUUGGAUCAAACACCAUCUCACCAACCUAUUCCUAGUGAAGGACUUCAGUUACACCUGCCUCAGGUUUUAGCUGAUGCCGUUGCACGCUUGGUGGUAGAUAAAUUCAGCGAUUUGACAGAUAAUUUUACAUCGCCCCAUGCACGUAGAAAAGUGCUAUCUGGAGUAGUCAUGACAACAGGUACUGAUGUGAAAGAUGCUCAGGUUAUAAGUGUUUCUACAGGAACAAAAUGCAUUAAUGGAGAAUAUAUGAGUGAUCGUGGUCUUGCAUUGAACGAUUGCCAUGCAGAAAUUAUAGCACGUAGAUGCUUGCUUAAAUUUCUCUAUACACAACUUGAACUGCUCUUAUGUAGUAAGGAAGAUCAGCAAAAAUCUAUUUUUAUCAAAUCAGAACGAAGCGGGUUUAAAUUGAGAGAAAAUGUACAGUUUCAUCUCUAUAUCAGCACCUCUCCUUGUGGCGAUGCUCGGAUUUUCUCACCACAUGAAGCAGCACAAGAAGAUCAAGGAGACAGACAUCCAAACCGGAAAGCAAGAGGACAGCUACGGACGAAAAUCGAAUCCGGGGAAGGAACAAUCCCCGUCAGAUCUACAACUACAAUCCAGACGUGGGAUGGAGUCCUACAGGGAGAAAGAUUGCUUACUAUGUCGUGCAGUGAUAAGAUAGCCAGAUGGAACGUGCUUGGUAUCCAAGGAGCAUUACUUACCCUCUUUGUUGAGCCAAUUUACUUCUCUAGCAUUAUCUUGGGGAGCUUGUACCAUGGAGACCAUUUAUCCAGAGCAGUAUACCAGCGAAUAGCAGAGAUAGAAGAUUUGCCCCCCCUCUAUAUACUCAACAGGCCUUUACUCAGUGGUAUCAGUAAUGCUGAAGCACGCCAACCAGGAAAAGCACCUAAUUUCAGUGUAAACUGGACCAUAGGAGAUGCUGGUCUUGAAGUGAUUAAUGCUACAACAGGCAAGGACGAAAUGGGCCGUGCAUCCCGUCUUUGUAAGCAUGCUCUGUACAGUCGCUGGAUGCGAGCUUAUGCAAAGCUUUCUUCCAGUCUUCGUUCAAAUGUCAGUAAACCGAACAUGUACCACGAAACGAAGCAAGCAGCUGCCGAAUAUCAAACUGCCAAAGAGUGUUUGUUCAAAGCGUUUUCAAAGGCCGGACUUGGCGCCUGGGUGGAGAAGCCCAUAGAACAAGAUCAGUUUUCCCUUGUGGUCUGAUCCAUGGAUGCCCUCUGCUUGGAAAAGGGGAUAGGAUGGAAACCCGACGUCAAAAUUUCAUCUGGACACCUGAAACAGCAGCUUUUAUAUUUUUAUUGUGGUUUUUUGUUGGGGAGAGGCUGACUUGAGACCAUUUUUUUCUUUGGAAAACUGAUACAGUAAUACAAUAACUAGUCUAGAAUUAAUACAAAAUUAUUCCAUUACCUUCUGAGGAACUAUCUUUUGCAGGGGGUGGGGGAACCCACAAUGCAAUUCAAAGUGAUACAUCGGGAUAAUUACUGCAUUGUUCCCAGAUGCAUGAUUAAUGUAAACCACGUAGGAUUUUACACAACACUUUGACUAAGUGGUUUGUUUUUGUGUUCUUUUAGAGCCCAAGGGACAGAUUAUUUAUGUGCUUCUUAUAGAUUUUUAUUUUUUAAAUAAUUGAGCUCACAAAACCAGACUGGAGUUUGGCUAGCAAUUUUCCCUCCUUCCUUGCUCUUUAAAAACCAGCUGCUGGAAACUUUGAUUUAUGUAUUUAUUAUUGUGUGAUAUCCAGUUUUUAACAUGCCACUUUUUAUUCCAUUUUUAAAGUAUUUGUCUUCAGUUCCCAUUUACAAACAUUGUGAAGUUAAUGUUUUUUCUACCAUUGUAGACUGGAAACUAAAUAUUUGUAAGCUAACGAAUUCUUUUUACUUUGAUGUAUGAAAACCAGCUUAGAAGUAGGCGGAUUGUGUUUCACAGGAACUCAAUGGAGUACAACAGUAAUAUUACCAGUGAUGUGGCAAUUUCAAAAUACUCGUUCAUUUGUGAGGAAAUACGCUGCCUUGCCAAAAACCAAUUCACACACGAGCACUACUAAGGGCAAAAGAAUUUUUAAACUGUGCACUUCAGAGACCUAACUUAUUUUCGGCCAAACUGUUGUGUUCCUGGCUGCCCGGCGAGCGGCUGCUUCUCCUGCUGUGCUUCAGAGCCAGUUGGCACCAUGCAGGGUGCAUAUGUCCGGGUGCUGUAGCCAGUGGCAGAGCUUCAUGCUCUGGCACCGGGGUGGGGGGGGUGGAGAGCAGGUGGGGGCGGGGCUGCCGCGCAUCCCGGGGCAUGGUGCAUGUCCUGGAGGCGUGGUGCGCCACCUGUGGGGGCAUGUCUCCCAGCGCGGGCGGAGGGGGCAGCCGUGAUGGAUCCCACCGGGAUUGCGCUGCCGGGGGUGGGGUGCUCUCCCCCCACUCCUCUUCCUCUGCCAGUGGCCGUAGCCAGCAAAUCUGACUCUCCUGCCCAUUGCCAAGGUAUCAGAAGGUAUUGUCUUUCUGAUAUUUUGUGAUAGGAUGCAGCAGGCAAAGUUGCACUUAAUGAAAUAGGUAGUGGGACUACCGUAAUACCUCAGCAUUAAUUGUAAACAUGCAAUAUUGCUAACAUAUUAUUCCAAUAAAAGUAAGGAAUUCAUAACAGUCAUGGUAGAAAUUUGGGCUUGAUCUCAGUAGUUACAUUCCAAGAAAGCAUGUAUUGUAGGUUUAGCAAAUUUAGUAAUUAUUUCCAUAUGCUUAAAGCGAAGUAAUGGUUACAUGUUUUGCUAAAUCAGUGCCAGAAAUCAAAGUUGUAAUACUAUAUGUAUAUCACAUAUAUCUUGGCCUCUACAUGAUGUGUUCAUAUUGAAGGUAUCACAUCAGCUCAAAGUAUUUUUCAAAUAUUUGUGUGACUGUAUGUAGUAGGUAAACACGGUAGCUAGCUCCUCUCCUCUGGGUAUUGUCUGGGUACUGCUAUCUACAUAGUAUUGUGGUGAUAGUUACAAAAACUUUUCAAAGUUACUUUGCAUGUCCAGAAAGCCCUAUGCUGUAAUUGGUAUUCCUCUUCCUUUAAAAAGAAAUAGAUAUAUAAUAUGUUCACUUAAAAUUAUUAUGAGAAAAAGGCAUGAUAGCAAUAAGUUAAUAUAGAAUUUAAUAGAAUAAAUCAGAAUUUUAUUGUGAAGGAAAAUAAUUUAUAUGGCAUUUUAAAUUGUUAAUAGGCAUUUUCUUGCAGUACUGUGGCCUGAAUUAUAUAGGACAUAAUCAACACAUCCACGUGCUUCAAAUGGUCACAUGAAUAGUCCCAAUGAAGCAUCUUCCAGUUCAGAGGAUCAAGGCCAACUUGUAGACAACUGUGAAGAAAAAUAAGAGUAUGAAUAGGCUUGCCAAGUGUUGAAUUAAAAAAAAUCUGGUACCUAGUCAGGACCUGGGGGCAGAGCUCUCUGCUACAUGACGUGGAAUCCAGAGUGGGCCUGCUGCUGAGACAGUUUUUUAGGGUGGACCCAAGUCAAGAUUAGGGUGGACCCAAGUCAAGAGGUCUGGGGGCAGAGCCAAGAUUAAAUUAAAAACCAAACCUGCACAGGUAAGGAGGGAAAAAUAGCUUUGUCCUUGGUUUUUCCUCAAAAGCAAAAAUAAAUAAAAUUGUCCACACGGUUGCUUUCUUUUGGCUCAUUGGCAGCCCUAAUUAUGAGCUGGCCAAGAGGUUUUUCACUAUAGUGGUUUUAGUGAAAUUAAAGUGUGAAGAUUGCACAGUGUAUAGCAAAUUUGCUGCAUUUUAUAGCUUGAGACAGAAUGUGUUCCGUGUUUUAUCAAUAGCAAAGUGGCUUGCUUGGAACAUAAUAACAAAUCACAGGGCAAGCAGAAGUGAGCCUGAGCCUGAUGCUCUCUGCCCUCCUCUCUCUUCUCCAGCACAAGAAGGGGAUCGCAAGCCUUCACACUUACCUAAACUAACCAGUCUAUUGUUGCACCCAUCCUGUGAAAAUUCUAGUUGGUUCAAACAAGCCAGGUUUCUUGAAACAAGCCAGGAUCAGUCGGCGGCUUUUGGUUCUGGCUUGUUAAAAAGUGUGUUUGAAUUAACCAGAAUUUCCCCAUUAUGGGCAUAACCAUAAACUUUGGUUAGUUUAAAACAGAAAGGGAAUGCUCCGUCGUAUUUGGCGAAGAGAGACGGGAAGAGGUGGUAGCCUAUGGGAUGGUUUACUCAUUUGUGAGUGUGCCAGAUUUGCUCCUUUUCCCCUUCACCAACCUGUCUGUGCCUCAAAGCUCUCCACUGUCGUGAGCAUUAAGAACGUGAUGUGGCUAUUUGGAGCCGACAGCUGCAUAAUUGCUGAUUUCACGACCAUGCAAUUAGUAGCUUUCCUAGAGACAACUCUUCUUUGCCAGGGCGUCUAGUGAAUCUUGCUGGGGCAACCUAUUUAUUUGUGACCGAAUAGGCCUGUUCUUAUGGCUGCACUGUACAGCCAACAAUGUUACCUACCUGUAAAGCAGGGGAAGGGAUCCUGGGACCUUAAGACUUUAAGACUCCCAAAACCCAUCAGCCCAUGCCAUGGUGGUGGGAGCUGAAGUCCAGCAACAUAGCGAGGUCUGUGGGUUCUUCGCCCCUGCUGUCAAGAAAAGAACUCAGUGGAUGUGUGGUGAAAAGUUCCUUAUAACUAGAAUCUUACAUAAACAGCAAUCACGAGUCCCAUUUAUGUGUUUUUAUGUUUCUGUGAUCAGCAGGGCAGCAACUCUGUGCCAUCUCAAUGAAAAGGAUGCUUUCAUAUGCUGGGCAAGAGGGGCUGAGUUUCUCUUCCUUUUCUCCUUCAAACAGCCCCUUUCCUCAUAGAACAAAAACUGGACUAUUGAAAUACCUAGCUAAUGAUGUUGCCACAUGGGGGUUUAUUUUUGUUUUUUGUUACAAUAUAACAGUUCUCCAGGCUUUGAGAAAUAAAUAUUUGCCUUCCCUCAAAGGAAGCUCUUAACAUUCUAAACUCUUUUCAUGUCUUUGCCGUUUAAGCACAAACUCUUGAUUGGGAGAAACCGCUAGAUUCCUUUCGGGAGAUGGGAAAGGGAUGUACGAAAGGUAUCCAAAUGUCUAAAUGAAGUAAACUUGCAAAUAAAAUGAACACAACUAUAAUUGGAGCCUGCUGUUGCAUUUUAAAUAUAAAGGACCUAAAACACCAACAAAUUGGUUUUUUAAGUAUUUUAGGUUUUAAUGUUUAAUACUUCACUGUUUCUGCAUGACUUGGGCCUUCAAAAUAAGUGAGCUUUCAAACAUACUUUCAUUCUGCUUUACAAUGUAAUGGAUACCUUGGUCUUCAAAGAAGGCGAAACCUGAUGGUUACCAGUACUGUUCCCAUAACUAGAACUUUGUUAAAGCAAUACAUAAUAAAUCUGCAUAAAAUUUCUUUUUUUCCCUUUUUUAGAAACUCUUACUACUAUUAUUAUGGUCAUUUUUCAUACAGAAUGGUUAUUGACAUAAGCACAUACAAAAUGCAGUAAGAAUAAGGAGUGUAACAAAUAACAAUAGAAAAAUGAAAUGAGAUUAGAGAGGAGGGGAGGGGAAAACCGGGAGGCAACUG